UUCACGAAAUCACAACCACAUUCUCAAAUUCAUGUUGGUGAUAGAUAGCGUAUCUAUGCUUUUUUAGUAAAAAAUACUUUAUUCGUAAAAAUAAACUUUUUCAUUUAACUGUUAAACUAUUCCCAAAGUCAAUAACAACAAUUUUUAUAUAUUAUACAAUUAUAAAGAACUGUAGUGGCUGAUGUGAUAUUCUUGAAAUGUCAUCGUAUAUGGCUGGUGUUUUUGAUUUGGAUUUAGAUGUGGAUACUGUUACUGUUGGAGAUUCGGAUGAAGACGAUAUAAUAGAAGUCGAUGAGGUGGAUUAUGAUCCCGAGCUCCAUGUGAACGCUAUUGUAGAGACUGAGGGGUCUGAAACUAUUCAGCUUUCAGAAGAUAAUGUGAAUCCUGGUCUUUGUAAACGUCUUGGUCCUCAAGAUUUUGAAUUACGCAAAGUUUUGGGGAAGGGAGGAUAUGGCAAAGUUUUCCAAGUUCGCAAAUGUACUGGCCCUGAUGCAGGUGCUCACUUUGCUAUGAAAGUUCUUAAAAAAGCUUCUAUUGUACGCAAUCAAAAGGAUACUGCUCACACUAAAGCAGAAAGAAAUAUUUUGGAAGCUGUGAAGCAUCCAUUCAUAGUUGAAUUAGUAUAUGCUUUCCAAACUGGAGGCAAAUUAUACUUAAUCUUAGAAUAUUUGAGUGGUGGUGAACUUUUUAUGCACCUUGAACGUGAGGGUAUAUUUCUGGAGGAUACAGCAUGCUUCUAUUUAUCAGAAAUCAUACUAGCAUUGGAACACUUGCACAGUCUUGGAAUAAUUUAUCGCGAUUUAAAACCUGAGAAUGUGCUCUUGGAUGCACAAGGUCAUGUAAAACUUACAGAUUUUGGAUUGUGUAAAGAGCACAUCCAAGAAGGCAUAGUGACUCAUACUUUCUGCGGCACCAUUGAGUACAUGGCUCCUGAGAUACUUACAAGGAGUGGUCAUGGAAAAGCAGUAGAUUGGUGGAGUCUAGGAGCAUUAAUGUAUGACAUGCUCAUUGGACAGCCACCAUUUACUGGAGAUAAUCGUACAAAAACUAUAGAAAAAAUAUUAAAAGGUAAACUAAUGCUUCCUGCCUAUCUAACACAAGAUGCGCGUGAUUUGAUACGGCGCUUAAUGAAACGUUCAGAAACACAGCGCUUGGGCGCUCAGGGCGCAGCCGCAGUGCGCGGUCACGCAUUCUUCAAACACACCCAUUGGGAUGAUGUGUUUGCUAGGAGACUGGAGCCACCAAUAAAACCGAGACUGACAAGUGAUGAUGAUGUUUCACAGUUUGAUACAAGAUUUACACUUCAAACACCAAUUGAUUCACCUGAUGAAUCCACCCUUAGUGAAAGUGCCAACCUUAUGUUCCAGGGCUUUACAUACGUGGCGCCGUCCGUAAUGGACGAGAUCCACAAGCCGCGCGUGAUCACGGCCCGCUCGCCGCGCCGCCCGCGGCCGCAGCACCACCACUUCGCAGUGCCCCCCGCCUCCUCUGCGCACCCGCUCUCGCACGCUCAACAACAUGAAGACCUCAUGGACGUUCAAGGUUUACCUAUAUAGUAAGUACCUAUUUAGAAAUAAUUGAAUAGAUAAGUGUUGUGUUAAUUUAACUACUGGUAUGUAUUAAUGAGAAAAGCGGGUUUAUCCUUCCUGUUAUCUUUGUUACAUAGAUAUCCUGAAUUAUGAAAGAAAAUCACAAUUUUAGAAUGAUCGAAUUGAUAGAGGUAACAUUGUUACGUUUAGAAAGUUUUGUAAGAAUUUAAGAAAGGCUUUGUGUUUUAAUUUCAUUCAGAAACAGUAUGAACAAAUAACUAUAUAAGUACAUUGAAGAAGUUUCGGCUUAAAGUAUGUUAUUCAAAUACAUGCAUCCAAUGAUUUAUUUAUGUCGUUUGUUUAUUUAUAUUUCAUUACCUUAUUAUUGUUAAAUUUAUUAAAGGAAUUGUUUCAUCUAUGUGAAGUGACCUAGUUCAAUUAUUAUUGUGAGACCCCGAGACCCGCCAAAACUAACCUUAGUUAAUAAACAUAGAAAAUGAAUUAAUGCAUAGGUUUAAUUAUAGAGAUCAUUUUAGUAUACCACUAUAAUUUCUUUUAUAUAAUUUAAUGUCUGAUUUGGUGUUACUUACUUUCAUGAUAAUUUGUCACCAUUUUUCUGUUUGAAAUGAUACACAAGUGUGUCUUUGUUUACUUCCAUAAUCUGUACAAUAACUCUUUAUAUUUUUAUUGUAAUUUAUUAUAAUCAAACGAACUUCCUAAGAAAUGCUUAUGAGAAUUGGAAUGCAAUAAUAAUAAUAAUGUAUAACUAUAUAUCGUAAUAAAGGUGUGUUUUAUGUUUAGGAAUGAUUGUUAUUUAAAACUGAAAUUUUAAAGGGUAAUACAGAGCAUAGUAAUUCUAAAACAUGGAAACAGUGCUGCAUCGUAUUAGUGAUAUUUACUGAUUGUACAGAUUAUAACUAUAUGCCUUAAAUACAUUACACAAAUUGUUGACUAUUACAAUUAUAGAACUGACUGAAAAGCUUUUAUUUUCAGGCCUAGAGUAAAUUCACAUAGUUGACCAUUUUAUGCUAAGGAUGAAUUCGACUACAAAAGAUGCCCAUUAAAUAAUAUCGGUAAAUGAUGGUACUGUUUUAUACUACAUACAUAUUAUUAAUUAAUGUACAUUUUAUACAAGUUACCGUUUAGUCUAAUCUUUUGGUAGGAAUUAAUCACGUGUAAUAAAAUGUUCUAACCCCGAUAUGACAAAAUAAUAAUUUACAAUAUACCUUGUUACCAUGCUUCAUGAAUUGAUUAAAAUGUCAUUUUUUAUUUUGUAA